CAUGCGCGGGCCGCUUGGCGCCAACUGCAGACCGCCUCAGCAGCGCGAGUCUUGCGGGUCCCCGGUCGGCGCGCGUUCGCUCCCUCCUCGGCUCCAGGAUGAUCGGCCAGAAGACGCUCUACUCCUUCUUUUCCACGAACCCCACCAGGAGGCGACCUGCCCGCAGCCCCGAGCCGGCCGACCCGGGGACUGGCGUGGCGGCGGUGGCUGAGGAGAGCGGGGAUGCCACGGCCAGCCCCGCCAAGAAGGCCCGAGCCGGGCAGGAGGACCCCGGCACGCCGCCCUCCUCGCCGCUGAGCCCGGAGCAGCUGGACCGCAUCCAGAGGAACAAGGCCGCGGCCCUGCUCAGACUCGCGGCGCGCAACGUUCCCGUGGGUUUCGGCGAGAGUUGGAAGAAGCACCUCAGCGGAGAGUUCGGCAAACCGUAUUUUAUAAAGCUAAUGGGGUUUGUUGCAGAAGAAAGAAGACAUCACACUGUUUAUCCACCCCCACACCAAGUCUUCACGUGGACCCAAAUGUGUGACAUAAGAGAUGUGAAGGUCGUCAUCCUGGGGCAGGAUCCGUAUCACGGACCCAGUCAAGCUCACGGGCUCUGCUUCAGUGUUCAAAGACCGGUUCCACCUCCCCCUAGCUUGGAAAACAUUUAUAAGGAGCUGUCCACAGACAUAGACGGUUUUGUUCAUCCUGGUCAUGGAGAUUUAUCUGGGUGGGCCAAACAAGGUGUUCUCCUACUCAAUGCUGUCCUCACAGUCCGGGCGCAUCAGGCCAAUUCUCACAAGGAGAGAGGCUGGGAGGAGUUCACCGACGCGGUCGUGUCCUGGCUAAAUCACAACUCGAAUGGCCUCGUGUUCCUCCUCUGGGGCUCUUAUGCUCAGAAGAAGGGCAUUGCCAUCGACAGGAAGCGGCACCACGUGCUGCAGACUGCUCACCCCUCCCCAUUCUCCGUGAACAGAGGCUUCUUUGGGUGUAGACAUUUCUCUAAGACCAACGAGCUGCUGCAGAAGUCUGGCAAGGAGCCCAUCGACUGGAAGGAGCUGUGACCCUGCACCAGGGGCCUCCGGGCAGUUUUCUCUUUGCUACUGUUGAAGUACCUGUCGGUUGCAAAGUUGAAUUGAGAAGAUAAUUUCCCUAGUUCUUAGUCUGCAUAAGGGGACAGUUUGAGUAAAGCGGCCGUGAGCCCAGCUGCCGAGCUUAUCCAGCAGAAGUGGCCGAGGCUGUCCCAUGGCCACAUGUCUGCCUUUGCAACAUGGCUUUGGCCUGACACGAGCCGUCAGCCAGAGCUCCUGGGAGAGAGAUGAGGCCGUGUGCUCUCGCCUCGCUCCCUCUGCUGCCUGGUUCAGGAAGGCCGUGAGAUAAGCGCCUCUUUGGACGGCCAGCUGCUGCUUGUUUUACCUGGUGGGUUAGACUUUAGCUUAUAAGGUGUUGGGUGUGUUUAUUUAGAAGGGCCCCUUUGCCCAGCUGGCCUUCCAGUCCUGCCAGGUACACUGCCCCUGAUCCUCACAGAGCCUCAGGCCCCUCCUUGAAGGAAGCAUGAGGACUACCUGCAAGUUUCCAGAAAUUAGGCCUCACUUUCCUGAGUGUGGGAAGGAGAAAGUGGCUAAGGACUAAUUCUUGGUGUGAGCCUUCACGGCCAGGCAGAGGCCGAGACUGGGGAGCUGGGUCUGGUUUAUAGCUUCGACCUGUGGCUCUUCCAGGAGUAAGCAGUGUGAGCUGAACAGCGAGGAGGACAAAGGGGGGUUUUGAUUUUUUUUUUUUUCUUUUUUAAGAGGAAGUGCUUUUCUCCUAGAUGUGUCGUGAGUUGGGGUUCUUAAGGCAGCACAGACUGCCAAAAGCUUUUUUUAUAACUAAAAUCACUUUGGGAUCUCUCUUCUGCAACACUGCCGGAUUUUGCUUUGUAAAAAUACAUCGCAGAUUUGUAUAUAUAUUUUACUGUUCGUUUAACAAUCUUUAUUAGGUCGUCACCUCCAUCCUAGAUCCUGUUAGAGAUGCGGCUUUGCUUUGAGUUGGGUUAAAAGAGUUAACCCUGCUGAGUUUCCUAAUAAAAGAUGGUUGAAGUUUCA